UUCUACUGCGUAGCCAGAGGUUUGGCACGAGAGAAACGCGUUGCACGCGAUCAGUUGUAGUUCCACAGAGAGACAGCAGAGGGCGCGCCCUCCAACGAUCCUGCCUGUGACGGGGAUUGGGAGGCUUCUGGGAAAAGAUGGCAGCUUCCUUUUGUUUGUGGGGAUUUGCUUCACUCGGAGGAGGGAUUUAAAAGCGUUCAGUGGCUCUUUAGCGGUAAAAGUCUUGACUCGCAAUACCGGUUAUCCAAACACUUGAAGAAGGAGAACAUGGAGAAGAGCGGGAGUGUCGAUAGCUUGGGCUCGAAGCGCUCCUCUUCCCGACAGCCGAGUGUAGAUUCAUUGUCCAGCACUUCCACCUCUCGCUCUGACCGCUCUGCCCAGGCCAAACCACCAUCUGCUAUGUCCUCGGAUUCUGUGUCCACCUCUGCAGAGUUUUCCCCAGAGCUCAGGGUCAAGCCCAAAAUAUCUGCCAAGCAGGCCAUCAGAGAUUCAGACAAAGAAGAACUGCAGUUGCUUCCAAAUGAAACCGUGCAAGACAUGGCCCAAGAUGUCACCUACUUCUGUCCUUUCACUGGAGCACUGAGGGGAACUGUGACUGUCACCAACUACAGGCUAUUCUUUAAAUCUAUGGACAGGGACUCAACAUUUAUGUUGGACUUGCCACUUGGGGUGGUGAGUCGCGUGGAAAGGAUUGGAAACGCUUCGAGUCGUGAUGUGUCCUAUGGGCUGGUGUGCAAAGAUGUUCGUAAUCUACGAUUUGCACACAAACAGAUGGAGGACACCCUCAGGAAGUCCAUUUUUGAAGUGCUGAUGAAAUUCGCUUUUCCUGUUUCCAAUGGGCUGCCAAUCUUUGCCUUUGAAUAUGGGCAGGUGUUUCCUGAAAAUGGAUGGAAGGUGUAUGAUGCUCUCUCAGAGUAUAAAAGACAGGGUAUACCCAAUGAAAGCUGGAGGAUAACUAAAGUAAACGAUCACUAUGAGCUGUGCGACACGUACCCAUCAACACUGGCAGUGCCUGUUAACAUACCAGACGAGGAGCUGAAAAGAGUCGCUGCCUUCCGAGCAAAGGGAAGGAUACCGGUGUUGUCAUGGAUCCAUCCAGAGAGCCAGGCAACAGUGACACGCUGCAGUCAGCCGAUGGUUGGGGUGAACGGGAAGCGCAGCAAAGAGGAUGAGAAAUACCUGCAGGCGAUCAUGGAUGCUAAUGCUCAGUCACAUAAACUCUUCAUUUUUGAUGCCAGACCCAGCGUCAACGCUGCUGCCAACAAGAUGAAAGGGGGUGGAUAUGAAAGCGAGGAUGCCUAUCAAAACGCUGAGCUGGUUUUCUUGGACAUUCACAAUAUCCACGUGAUGAGGGAGUCGCUCCGCAAGCUGAAGGAAGUUGUCUACCCCAAUAUCGAGGACUCCCACUGGCUCUCCAAUCUGGAGUCCACUCAUUGGCUUGAGCACAUCAAGCUGAUCCUGGCUGGAGCGCUGAGGAUCGCAGACAAAGUGGAGUCAGGGAAAACGUCGGUUGUGGUGCACUGCAGCGAUGGCUGGGACCGCACGGCUCAGCUCACCUCCUUGUCUAUGCUCAUGUUGGAUGGUUACUACCGCACCAUUCGCGGCUUUGAAGUGCUGCUUGAGAAAGAGUGGCUGAGCUUUGGUCAUCGCUUCCAACUGCGCAUUGGUCACGGAGAUAAGAACCACACGGAUGCAGAUCGCUCACCUGUUUUCAUUCAGUUUAUUGAUUGUGUCUGGCAGUUAACUCGUCAGUUUCCUGCCGCCUUUGAGUUUAAUGAAUACUUCCUGGUGACCAUCCUGGAUCACCUGUACAGCUGCCUGUUUGGGACAUUCUUGUGCAACAGUGAACAGCAGAGGUUAAAAGAAGAGAUUCCCAAGAGGACAGUCUCAUUGUGGUCAUAUAUUAACAGCCAGCUGGAGGACUUCACCAAUCCUUUGUAUGUGAACUACUCUAACCAUGUACUGUUCCCAGCAGUCAGCUUACGCCACCUGGAGCUUUGGGUUGGCUACUACAUUCGCUGGAACCCACGCAUGAGACCUCAGGAACCAAUUCAUCAGCGCUACAAGGAGCUAUUAGCAAAGCGUGCCGAGCUGCAGAAAAGGGUAGACGAAUUACAGCGAGAGGUGGCCAAUCGCUCAGCUUCUUCCGCCUCUGAGCGGCCAGGCUCGCCCACACGCUCCAUCACUCCGGUGCAGACCUUUGUUUGACGCUACUCAACCCUCGGUUGACGGUCACAGAAGCUGAACCGCACUUGUGAGAAGGUGUCAUACAGCAGUAAUAAGCCGCUUUGAUACACUACCACCAAAAGUCAGAAUAAGUAGUAUUUGUUACUGUAUUUGCAUCUCUCACAGGUCAUGUCGAGCCUGCUUGCAACAGAAGUGUCUGUCUCAGACCACCUGCCUACAGCCAUAUGUAUUCCUCCUCUGAGGUUGAGAGGAUACGUACCCAGAAUAGCGAGGACUGUUUAGCAUAUCGACCUACCUACAAUCAGUGUUUUGUUUUAAGUACACUAAAUGUUUAUGCCUUAUAUACUUUAUAGGAACACUUGCCUCAUUUCUUGCUAUUGAUUUGAAAGCACUAUAACUGAAGGAACCGUGAGGCUAUGCAGUGCUGCAGAAGUGAUUUUUAGCACAAGGAAACACGGACUAAAACAAAUUGUUGAGUUGAUAAAUAUUAAAAUGAAAUGUAGCUUAAGGGCUGUGAUGUUAGCUUCUUCUGAUAUUAAAAAAAAAGUAGUUAUAAAGUGCAUUAAAAAGCAGUUAGGGUUAGCUUUACAAAUCUUUUUAGAUUGUUGAGACCAAACGUUUUUUGUCAUGCGUGACAUUUCUCUCACCAAGUGGUUUAUCUUUUGUAAGUUUCCUUUUUCCAACUAUUUAACAUUAUUUAUUAUCUUUCGUUCCAGAUGUGUAUUUAUAACUCGCAGACACCUUCUGUCUUGUGUCGUGAAUUGAUUAGCUGCGUCUCCAUGCAAUAUUAAUAAGCUGCAAAGAUUAUGCAAUAGCUCAUUUGUCCCAGGAGUCCUAUGGGAACAAUUCUCGCAGAGGCUUUUUAAAGCUGUUAUCAGCCAAUCUUUUUGGCAGAAGAAUGUGUAACUACACAAAUAAUGGGCUUUUUAUGUAGUUUUGCAAAUUUGAAUAAGUACCCGUGCCUUGUCCUGAAUGACUGGGAAAAUGACAAAAGAACAGUGUGAUGGUUUCAGCCUGUAGCCUUUUUGCUGCGUAUUCAAAUAAUUGCAAUAAAGCUGCAACUCAAGGAUUCAGUAUGGUUUGUCACAUUAGCAUGUUGCUAACAACAGCAGCAUUCUCCAGUCAAUUUCUUGGGUUUUGUGGUUUUGUGUUUCAGAUAUUAGCCAACUCUAAUAACACUAGCCCUAUUUCUGAUCUUUCCAUAAAAAUAGGACAAAGAGUGCCUUUUACUGUAAAUUAAGAAGGAUAAAAGUCUGGAAUUUACAGUGUGACUGUGGGGUAACCUAAUACCAAAUUACAAUCUGAAAACAUUCAUUUAUUCUCUGUUUUAUCUUUAUAUAGUAGCGUUAAGACAUCCGUCACCCAGUAAUAGAUUCUUCAUGUGACUUUUACAUUGAAUUCAUGCAGCUAUAUUUGUAUGUAAAUCAUGUCUGCCACUGAUCUUGAUCGUUGCAAUCCUUUUAAAAUGCACAGCUGUCUAAGUGACACCAUUCCAUGUGGUUGCAAAGAGGCUGCAGUCCUGUAUGCACUUCAUUAGAUCAACACUUGAAUUUGGAAAUUGAUAUACUGCAGGCAUCAGGAACAUCCAACUGUACUCUUAACUGCCAAUGUGUUAAAAAGUUUAGUAAAAGUGCUGAUGCUGUGUAGUCAACUUUUGGCCUUUUUUUUUUUUUUUUAUAAAGGCAUUGUGCAUAUGUAUGCAUGUGUAUACUAUACAAGAAGCUUGUAGCUUGAGGCUUGUAAUUAAUUACAAUACAAACAGCUAUUUGUGAACCAGAAGUCUCCUAAUUUUGUUUGCAUUGAACAAUUUCAUCAAGAAAGACUACAACUGAAGGUAUUUCCUCUAUCUCAAUUUAUGUAUUUUUUUACUUAUUGGUUGGUUAUUCCAGUACACAAUAUCAAGAACCUCACUUCACUCAUAGAAGACCUUGCAAAUGUAAGACAAUCAGAGCACUCGUGGAGCGACACUUUUUUAAAACUGAGAAUUUGCAGGUAUAAAAUUCAUAGGGAUGGUUUCGCGUGUAGUACUCAACCGUUACAUGGGUGAGUCCAUAGUGUUGUGGUUUACAUGUUUAACAAGCAAAAGAUUCCUGGUUCAUAUUUGGGAGAAGACACAAGUCCCAUUAUGGUUGCAACAGGUGGAUCAAACCAGUAAAGACCAUGGUGUAUAAACUUUACACUUUCUAUACAAAAAUGACAAAUCAUGAACGUCUUCAUAUACAAUCUGUUGGGUUUUAUU